CUUCGUUUACAAGAACUACUGCGUUGCUAAGCCAUUACAUUGUAAGCGGUGACCGGUGGAUGAGCAGUCGUUUCAGCGGUUGGCAGUGUUUCUGGUAUCAACAUGGUGAAACUACAUAUUAAACAUGGAGAUGAAAGUCAGUUCCUAUAUGAUACCACAGUCAACACGACUAUUGAUGAUCUCAUCAGAGACCUAGUGAUUAUCUACAAUGGCAGGCUCAAGAUUAGCAGACUGAGUCAAGAAAUGAAGGAGCUUUCAGAGCAUGGCAUCAGCCUACCUCCUAACAUGCAGGGACUAGCUGAUGAGCAGAUACAGGACCUGAAACUGAUAGAUGAAUGGCAGACUAAAUGUGAACCCAGCGGUGGGGCCACAUUCAACAAGGAUGCUAUAGGCAGGAGGAAUGGUUACGCGUGUAAUGAGAAGAUGAAGGAUGUUAUCUCCAAGACAGUCAGUGAAGCAACUAAAGCAGUAUCCAAAGAUCUUGUACAGAGCAACAUGUGCCUAACAUAUCAGACAGUGAAAGAUGGCCUGGAUCAGCUGAGAGGAGCUGUCAUGAUAGUGUAUCCCAUGGGUCUACCACCUCAUGAUCCUAUCAGAAUGGAGUUUGAGAAUCAAGAGGAUUUAGCUGGUUCUCAGGCAUCUCUCGAUGUUCUUGAAGAAGCAAAUGCAUCCUUAUGGUUCUCAGGAAAAGAAAUGCAACGAGGCAAGAAGUUGUCGGAUAUCGUCGGGAAGAAUGAAAAGACUAAGAUCAUUGUCAAGCUACAGAAGAAGGGACAAGGUGCACCUGGUAGAGAACCAGUCUUCAGUCAGGAUGAACAGAAAGAAAUGAUGGCUUAUGCUUACAGGAAACAGGAGCAGAUGAAGAAACUAGAAACAGAAAUGGAUGAUACCCAUCUUGGAUCUGAGUGGGCUGAUCCAAAUAGCUUGAAGAGACAAUUCCAUGGCCUAAGAGAUGUCAAAUGGGGAGGACCACGGUGACAUGAACAUGAAUGACCACCGACUUGUAAAUAUGCACACUGUAGACAGUACAUGAGACAUGCUGGCAGUGACGGGUAAAGCGCGCUUUCGUCAUGGUUCAUUGGAAUGACUUGACUAGAUUAUUCAGGAUUGGCCCGUCAUGGGCUUGUUAUCAACUUGACCACAACACUGGCCAGAAAAUUAUGUUGGUGCCUUCACUAACAUACUUUUCUGGCCAGGGUAAAGCAUCUUAAGUGAGAUUCAAAUGAAAGAA